GGUUGAAGCAGCUUUUCUUGGCUUCUGUCCUCGUUUUUCUAAAGUUGAAGCGUCGAGUCGUGCAGAUUCACCUGAAGAGCUGCAGGAAGUUUCAGAGCUGCUGAGGAAGAAAUGGCAGAUAGUCCAGAUCACAAGACCAGUGCCCUGCUCAGAGCCUCCCAUCUGCCUCUGAUCCGCUCCGUGUUCCGGUCCGUGUCUUCCCUCCUCUCCGGGGUCAAAGAGCGCUACCCCCUGCUGGGCCUUGUGGGGGACGUGGCAGAGGUCGGAGUUCGCGGUGUGUCUGAGGAGGCCCUGAGACGGGCCACACCCCUCCUCCAGAGUCUGGAGCCCCAAAUCGACCUCGCCAACAGGUUGGCUCUGACUGGUCUGGACAGUCUGGAGAGGACGUUUCCCAUCCUGAACCAGUCCACAGAGGAGGUGAUGACUCACUUAAAGGACGCCUUCUUUUUGACUCUGGAUGAUGUCCAGGUGUGGGUGGUGGACGGCCUGGACGGCGCUCUGGACCAGCUGGAGCGAGCCGCUGACUCGGUCCGGACGGCCGGGCGGCAGCUGCAGGAAACGCAGGUGGGCCAGGCGGCGGCGGCGGGGCUGGACAACGUCCUGAGUCUCCUGGAGGACUCCGCCGCCUACUACUUACCCCUCCCUCCUACCCUGCGCCGGGAGUGGGAGAUGAAGGUCCAGCAGUACGAGGAUGAGGAUGACGGAGACGAGCCGGGCCUCUGGACCAGAGUCCGCAGCCUGCUGCUGACCGUCAGCCUGCAGCUGUAUCACCGCAUGCUGAAGGCCAGGGAGCAGCUGCAGGGAGCCGUCCGGACACUGGGGGGCGCCGCCGAGCAGGUGGGUCUGACUCGGGUCCUGGAGUUAACAGGUGAGCUGCUGCAGUUCUUCCAGAGCCUCCUGGUGGCGCUGUUGUUCCGUGCAGAGAGUCUGAGAGAGGCCACACUGAGGGAGCUGGUGGAGCGAGCGGCCAUGUUGGCCGAGCUGAGCCCAGUUCGACAGGUCCGAGAACUGCCGGUUCAGAUCCAGCAGCUGCUCCACGACCUGCAGCAGCUCUCCAAGAUCCUGCUGCAGUUUGUGAUCAACACCACACCACUCUACAGCAUGCUGGAGCAGCCGUCGCCUCAGCAGGUGGAGGACUUCCUGAACAAGGAGGAUUUCUCAGACAGCUCAUCGCGCCGUAGCUCAGCUAACAGCCUCUUCCUCAAGGCAAUGGACGGCCGCCCUCGCCGCCGUCGCAGCAUCUACUCGCGCGCCACCCGGGCUGCUGGUGGCCCCCAAAGCCCCGACCCGCCCAACGGGCGGCGCUCGAGCACCAAGGAGCCUUCCACCCUGGAGAUGGACGGGGCGGCCCACCCUUCCGAAGGCAACGCCCUCCGACGACCGUCCGCCACCGAGCUGCUGCUCACUCCGCUCAAACAGUUUGUGGCUCAGAGCCAGAAGGCCUUGGAGUACCUGAGCCCCAACUCCAGCGACGGCGCCGCCAUCGUCACGGAAACAGACGACUCUUAAACACCCACCGCCAGCGGCUCGAAGCGACUCUGCCACGUCCGCCGAGUCCGCCUGCCGAUGCGCCACGGCGCCCCACCGCAUCCCCCGACGACCACACGUCUCUGCCUCGGCUGGUGCUGGUUUGCGCGUUCGCGCUGAACCGCAGUGGCGUCACCAAAUUAGCGCUCAGUCACUGAUGCUGCAAUUCUGCUUCACACAAACCUGUUCACCGAGAGAAACCCUGGAAAUAUCCGACCACAGAGCUUUUCUCUGCACACUGGAUGUAGAAACGAACACAGUCCUGUUGAAGCUCCAGCUUCUCUAUGAUGUAGAAAUAUGAUUCACGCCAUCUUCUUGUGCCUUCAUCUCUCUAGCCUGACACCUGAAGGCCUGGAUUCAAACUUACUGUCCACCUAGAAGAAGAGUAACCCCAGAUCAUGAUGCUGCCACCACCGUGUUCUACUUUUGAUUGUAGGUUGGUUUCAACAGGUACUCCGCCAAACUUUGAUGGAUUUCAGCCCAGCUUGGAUGUUUUCUAUAGCAGAAAUGUUUUUUUCCGUCAUGCAUUUCAUAUUUCAUCUUCCCUAGGGGAUUUAAAAAAAAUCAGAAAUCUGUUUUGUUUUUUAUGCCUUUUUCUUUCUCACAACUUUCAGAAUUUUUACCUUUUUCUCAGAAUUCAGCCACAUAAAACAAUUACUUAAAUCUGACUUGUUCCUACAGAAAGUAAAUUCUCCUCCUGCUUUUCUUGCUUUUGAUUGAAUCUGGUUGCUGCCUUAACUCAACAUACUGCAUAAAAAGUCAAAUUUAGAUUUGUAUUUUAUUGGCCCUCAUCCUUUUCCGUAGUUUCUAUCCAGGUGUUGAUGAGUCGAACAUAAAACUGUGAAUUUCUGUGCACCUUUCUCCUGACUGUUUUCUUUAAGGUAUGAGAUAUUUUGACAUCACUGCUAACUGGCUCUAACUAAAAUAUGCAAAUAUCAGAAAAAUUCAACCAGAAGAGGUUAGAUUAUUAUUCACAAUAACUGAUAUUAACCCAAGAAGCCUGGAUUUCCAACAGGACUGUGUAAUUUCUCAAUCGAGGAUCGCUGUGGUAAUCCCCCUUUACUGUAUUUAUCUGGAUCAUGGAAUCAGAGUAUUAGAAGUGGGCCGAGUACACAACCUGGUGGGACGCCUCCUAAAUCUCAAAACUAGAUCCAAAGAGGAGCGUUAGCAUCAAUCUUGGUUGUUUUUCAAAAGAAGCAGAAUUUAAGCUUGAGGGACGAGCCGAUCCUCUGAUUUCUGGGAUUCAUUGUGUCUGGGGGGGGAUGUGAAACAAAACUGCUGUGUAAACUGACUUCAAAAUAAGAGCAUGAACAUCAAUGUCUAUUUCAUUGAUGUUUAAAUAAAUCAGAACCAAAACCUCAACACAGAUGUCAAGCUUUAUCCACUGACAGUUUGUAAAACCGCUAAUAAAAAUUUAUUUUGACGAA